AUGUCCAAGGAAUACACAGCUCCGAACACCGAGACCGUCCAGGUCGAAAGCAGCGUUGUCUUGAAGAUUGUCAAGCAUGCUUCCAAGCAUUUCCCAACCCCAGUUAGUGGUCCGUUGUUGGGUUUGGACACUAACCAAAAAGUCUUGAACGUGUCUCACGCUUUCCCAUUUCCUACAAUCGGUGAAUCAAAUGAAGGUUACUCAUACCGUAUAAAAUCCAACCAGAAAUAUGUCCAUGACUUGACUGAGCAAAUGAAAAUUGCUGGCCAUGCCACCCAAUUCGUUGGUUGGUACCAAUCCACCACCUCCGCCAAUUUCCUUAAUCACUUCACUAUCGACAAUUUACUCGGCGCUCAAAUAAAUAAUAAUGCUAACAGUAUUUUGUUUGUUCAUGAUGCCUCAAAGUUGAAAAAGGGUAUCUUGUCCUUGAGAGCGUUCAGAUUGAGCGAAAACUUUGUUAAGGCCUACCUCAACAAUGGUCAAUCCAAUAAAUUCACCAGAAAGAUCUUGGUGGACAAUGAAUUAAACUAUAAGAACUUCUUGGUUGAAUUGCCAAUACAAAUCCACAACUCUCAGUUAAUCUCAUUAUUCUUGAACGAUUUGAAACUUAAAAUAAACGAAUACCAUUUGGAUGACUUGAAUGUCAAUAACUUGAUUGAUCUCAACUCAGAUGAAGAUCUUGCCCAAAAGGAAAACAAAAACACUUUACUCGAAAACUUUGGUCCUUUGAACUUGAGUGGAUUAGAAGACUCUACUUUAAUAAUCAACAAGUUAGUGGACUCUAUUGACGACUACAACUAUGACUUAAAUAACUUCAACUAUUAUCAAAGACAGCUUUCAAGAGAAAUGGCUAAGGUCCAACAAUGGAAGCAGAAGGCUAAGCAAGAUGGUAAGCCUGUUGAUUUGGAAAACGACUGGAAACUGUUGUUCAAGUUGCCAACCGAACCAAGCAGAUAUGACAAUUUAUUGAUCAGUGCAAGCAUUGAUGGGUUCUGUGAUGAUUUAGAUUUGGGAUGUGUUAGUGAAUUAGCCAAGACUUUCACCGUGAAGGGUGGGUUUGAUAACUAG